AUGGAUACUAUUACUUGCGGUUUGGUUGAGAAGUUCCGAGACCUAGUGCUCGACCUAACUUGGGAGCAGCUUCUUUAUCUCAUUCACUAUCGCCGAAACAUUCGGCACUUCGAUGAACAACUUAAGGAACUCAACCUUAAGAGAUGCUCCAUACAGCAUCGAUUAGAUGAGGCUACAAACAAUUUAGAACAAAUUGCAGACGAAGUUGUUCAUUGGUUGCUCCAAGUAGAUGGGAUAUCAGUGAAAGUACGAAAGCUUCAAGAAAAGAGCCAGGCAAAAACAGAGUGUAGCAUAACUUCAUGUCCCAACCCUUGGCUACGCUAUAAACUAAGCAAAAAGGCAAAGGAGAUUGCACAAGAAGUUGUUGAAAUUUGUGGAAAGGGAAACUUUAACAGAGUUUCAUAUCAUAUUCCUCCCCCGUCAAUGCCAGAAUUAACGAACAGAGACAGCAAUGAAGGGAUUGAUUCAAGAGUACCGAUUAUGAAUCAAAUUAUGGAGGCAUUACGGAAUCCAAGUGUUAAUAUGAUUGGAUUGUGUGGGCUUGGGGGUGUUGGCAAGACCACCAUAGCUAGAGAGGUUGAAAAGAAGGUGAAGAAUCAAAAGAUGUUUGAAAAUGUGAUCAUGGCAAUCGUUUCCAAAGAACUGAACGUUGGGAAUAUUCAAGGCCAGCUUGCUGAGAAGCUGGGUAUGCAACUCAAUGAAAGAACUGAAGAUGUCAGAGCUUCUCGUUUGUGGGAGAGGUUGAAGAAAGAGAAGAAUAUGCUCCUAAUAUUGGAUGACCUUUGGGAGGAACUUGAUUUGCGCAAAGUUGGAAUUCCCUUUGUUGAUGUUGAAAAUUAUAGCAGAAAGAAUGAAGCUUGCAAAAUUUUACUAACUUCAAGGAAUAGAAGGCUGCUGUCAGAUCUCAUGAAAUGUCAAGAAAUUAUCGAAGUGGGUGUUUUGUUAAAGAAUGAAGCAGGGGAGUUGUUCAAGACGAUUGCCGAAUUUUCUAUUGAAUCAGGCAAUCCCAAUUUGAAACCUAUAGCGUAUGAGAUUGUUCAAAAGUGCGGAGGCCUGCCACUAGCGAUUGCUACAGCUGCCAAGGCAUUAAGGGGAAAAAAUCUAGAUGAGUGGAAAGAUUACCUUGCCCGAUGGAAAAAUCAUCUAAGGCGAAAUAACACAGGAAUCAAAGAAGUGGAUGCCUCUUUGAAAUUGAGCUAUGAUCUUCUAAGCCAAAUGAACAAAACUAUUUUCUUGCUUGCUGCCAUGUUAACCCAUGAUCCCUCAAUUGAAGACCUACUCAUGUACUCUGUGGGGUUAGAUAUUUUUCAAGGCAUAGAGAACAUGGAACAAGCCUAUGUUGAAAUCUCUUCUAUUGUAAGUAGGCUAAAAUCAUUAAACUUAUUUCUUGAUAGCAGCAUUUCUAGUCAUCAUGUUACAAUCCAUGACGUCUAUCGACAUAUUGCAAUAUCAGUUGCACCCCUUGAAUUACAUGCAUUCACUGUGCAGCAUAGAAGGUUGACAGAAUGGCCAGACAAAAAUUACAGGGGAAUUUGCUUACAAGAGAGUGACAUUAGUGAUCUUCCAGAAGAGUUGCAUGGUCCAAGAUUAGAAUUUUUUUUGCUAAAUAGCACCAAACAUGAUUUGGCGAUGCCCAGCACGUUUUUCAAAUCUUCGAAGGAGCUAAAAGUGUUGGCAUUUACCAAUGUGCAUUUUUCCUCACUGCCAUCACUCUGUUUCCUACAAAAACUAAAAACAUUGUGUCUACACUCUUGUUUGCUAGAAGAUAUAACUGAGGUUAGAAGCUUGAAGAAUUUGAAAGUUCUAAGCCUUGCUUACUCUAAAAUUCAAAGGCUAUCAGUUGAAUUAGCAGAGCUUACAUCUUUACAAAUGUUGAAUUUGGCACAUUGCUCUGAACUCAAAGUGAUUCGACGGAAACUCCUAUCUAACUUCAAAAAAUUGGAGGUUUUGUGGAUGGAAUACAGCUUUGACCAAUGGAAAGUUGAAGGAUCUAGCAAAGCUAAUGACAAUGCGAGUCUUGACGAGCUAAAGGAUUUGCCAAUCUCUUCUCUCAAUAUUUAUAUUCCCAAAGUCUCUAUGUUGCCGGAGAACUUGUUCUUAGAUAUGGAUUUGAAGAGGUACAGAAUACUCAUUGGAAGGCACUGGACACGGUGGGAAGUCAAUGAUGAAACUUCAAACAUAUUGGCACUUGAGCUUAAGAGUAAUAUCCAUUUGAAGCCUGGGGUUCGAAAGUUGAUGAAAGGAGCUGAAGAUUUGUAUUUAUAUGGAUGGCUUCAAAAUGUUCUUCACGGUCAUGAUGGAGGGGGAUUUCCACGUUUAAGGCAUCUCGAGAUUCAAAGUGGUAAUGAUAUAAAAUCCAAUGAAACUUUCAAAUCACUUUUCAACAAUAAGGUGUUGGUUCCAAAAUUAGAGAUAUUGCGAUUAUGUGGUUCAAUCGGUUUGAUUCCAUUAAUAUGGGAUGACCAACUUUCACACAACUCAUUUAGGAACUUGAAAACAUUGUUUGUGAAAAGUUGUGGCUUUGUGAAAUUGAUGCCCAUUCGUGUGCUGAAAUCUUUAAACAACUUGGAAGAACUAGAAGUUAGGGACUGUGACACGUUGGAGUUGGUGUUUGAUUUUGAAGACUUGAAUGAUUAUAAAGAGGUAGAGUCAUCAUCAGUGAUUGUGCCACUGAAAAAGUUAAAGCUUUAUCAAUUGCAAAAAUUGAAGAAUCCAAAGGCAUGCUUCGUGAUCUUGAAGAGCUUCGAAUAG